GGGUUGUUGACACUGUAAUACGGUACCGCGUUCUUCGUUGACUAGUCCUUCUUCUCAACAGAGAGGAGUAUUUUACGACAUCUCAGUUUCUUCAUCAGAAAAAGAAAAAAGAAAAAAGAGAGUAGCAUCAAUGGCGAUUGCGGAAGUUUUGCCUAACGAGUACGGAUAUGUCAUCAUCGUCGUCGUCUUCUACUGUUUCCUCAAUCUCUGGAUGGGUUUCCAAGUCGGCGGAGCUCGCAAGAGGUACAAAGUUCCUUAUCCAACACUCUAUGCGAUUGAGUCAGAAAACAAAGAUGCUAAGCUCUUCAAUUGCGUUCAGAGAGGUCAUCAAAACUCUCUAGAGAUGAUGCCAAUGUAUUUUUUACUCAUGAUCCUUGGUGGUAUGAAGCACCCUUGCAUCUGUACAGGCCUUGGCUUGCUCUACAACGUUUCCCGAUUCUUCUACUUCAAAGGCUAUUCCACUGGAGAUCCUAAGAAACGCCUCACCAUCGGGAAAUUUGGUUUCCUAGCAAUGCUUGGUCUUGCGGUAUGCACAAUAUCGUUUGCAAUUUCCCUGCUUCGCGGAUGAAGCAUAGCCAUCUCUUGUGAGUUAACGCUUCUCUGACUUCGUUUCAAUAUUAUUACGUUGUUGCUUGGUUUGUAGCUCGACAGUUUGGUUGAUAAUACAAUUAAGUAAACGUAAUAAUGGUUGUAAGUGUUACCAACCUAACAAAUGUUGGUCUCUUGGCUCAUUGCUAUCAGAAUUCACGGCUCCUCACAGCCAAUUGUAAUGGGUCGUAUAACUUAUGUUACCUACAAUAUGAUACCUAGUGGGUCGUAUAACUUAUGUUGCCAACAAUAUGAUAUCUAAUGGGUCGUAUAAGUAUAA